AUGGCUGACAACACGAUGCCUCGCAAGCUCUGGGAGCCGUCGAGUCCCCAGGCCACGCUCGCAUACAAGUUCAUGCAAGAGGUCAAUCGAAAGCGAGGCACGACGCUCGAGACCUGGAACGAACUGCAUGCGUGGAGUGUGGACCAGAGAGCGGCAUUCUACGAAGAACUCUUCCAGCAGCAUCCUCUGAUUCACGAAGGCAAGUACAAGCUAGUCGUGGACGAGCAUGCUCGUAUGGACGCUGUCCCGCCAUGGUUCGAGGGUGUGCGGAUUAAUUUCGCAGAGAAUCUCCUCUUCUCGCCCGAUGGGAAGAACCCGGGCAAGAGAAGUACGUUCCGAAAGGACGAUGAGCGCGUGGCGUGUGUAGAAGCUCGUGAAGGUGGGACAGAGAUUCGAAAUGUGACGUGGCAAGAAUUGCGAGAUAGGACGGGCUAUCUUUCGAAUGCGAUGCGCGCUCGAGGCGUGGGAAAAGGUGAUCGCGUCGCUAUUGUUGCUUCCAACUCUGUCGAUACAUUGGUGGUCUUCUUGGCGACCACCGCUCUCGGCGGAAUCUUCUCGUCUUCGUCGACCGACAUGGGCACGAAAGGCAUUCUCGAUAGAUUGCGACAGAUCAAACCCAAGUUCGUCUUUAUGGACGACUGGGCGUUAUACAAUGGCAAGACCAUCGAUCUGCGUCCCAAGAUGGAAGAGAUCGUGAGCGGCAUGGAUGGCGUCUCCGAGUUCGAAAGCAUUGUGAGCAUGCCGAGGACCCAAAGCAGGCCCAGAGAUGUCUCAAAUGUUCGAGAUGCAGAAGGGCUCGAGUUCUUCCUCAUCGCAGCCAAAGAAGACAAAGAGCUCCGCUUCGAUCGCAUAGAAUUUGGCGACCCGUUCUUGAUCGUCUAUUCGAGUGGCACCACGGGCCAGCCUAAGUGCAUUGUUCACAACGUUGGAGGUGUGCUGCUCAAUAGCAAAAAAGAGGGAAAUCUGCAUCGUGACUGGGCCGCCGUAUCCCCCGACCAGCUAUGUGUAUUGCAGUACACCACUACUGGCUGGAUCAUGUAUAUGAGCAGUGUCCUUGCACUGCUACAUGGUGCUCGGACAGUCCUGUACGAUGGAUCGCCGUUCCAGCCAGAUCUGACGUCUUUCCUCGAGCUCGUUCAGAAUCAAAAAGUGUCAGAUCUGGGUAUUUCCCCUAGAUGGAUGCAGACGCUGGCAACAGCAAAGCCACCCGUGCUUCCACGCGACGUCGUUGAUCUGAGUUGUCUUCGCAGGGUGACUUCCACUGGGAUGGUCUUAUCAGAAGCACAGUUCGAGUGGUUUUAUGAUCAAGGUUUCCCGUCUCACGUCCAGCUCGACAACAUCUCUGGUGGCACAGAUCUCGCAGCUUGCUUAGCUCUUGGCAACCGAAUGCAGCCCGUAUACUGCGGCGGCACAGUCGGUCCAGGACUCGGCAUGAAAGUUGAGGCGUUUGACCAGACGAUUGAAGGCGGCAAAGGCGUCAAAGGAAAGGCCUUGCCCGCAGGGGAAGCAGGUGAACUUUGUUGCACAAGAGGCUUCCCUACACAGCCUGUCAAGUUCUGGGGUGAUGAGAACGGCGAGAAGUACUUUAACAGCUACUUUGCGAAAUACGACAACGUCUGGACUCACGGCGACUUCAUCUCGCAGCAUCCCCAGACCGGAGGCAUCCACGUCCUCGGCCGAUCCGACGGAGUCCUCAACCCGUCCGGUGUCCGUUUCGGCAGCGCAGAAAUCUACAACUCGCUCGACAACAGCUUCCCCGACGAGAUCCAAGACAGCAUCUGCGUGGGCCAGCGUCGUCCGCAAGAUUCCGAUGAGAGUGUCAUGCUCUUCUUAUUACUCAAUCCCGGCCAAAAAUUCUCUUCAGACCUCGUAAAGCGCGUCAAAGACGCCAUCGCGCGAGAUUGUGGACGAAGAUGUGUGCCGAAAUACAUCUUUGAGACGCCGGAAAUUCCCACGACAAUCAAUUUGAAAAAAGUCGAAUUGCCCGUGAAACAAAUUGUCAGUGGGAAGAUUAUUAAACCGUCAGACACGUUGGCGAAUAAGGAAUGUUUGAAUUUUUACUAUCAGUUUGCUGAGGUGGAGAAAUUGGUGGAGUUGAGGAGUAGACUGUGAUGGAAAGGAUGAAAACAAUAAAGGACUUUGGAGACGUAAGAACGCUUGGUGAUGAUGAUCAUGAUGAUGAUAAUGAUGACUAUGAUAUC